CUGGUCGCGGUGGCCUCUAGCUCCUCCCUCGGUAGGACCCCCCUCCACCUUGGCGCUUACGAGAUGAAUGAGGAGCCCAGGCCUCUGGAACUUGGAGGGUUGUUCAGAUUCCCAGGCUGACAAAAAGGAGAAACAGCUUUUACUUGCACUCAGGGCCAAUCAUCGCAGACCCAGACCUCUGCAGAGGGGAAAAUAAAAGAAGCAAAGACAGACCCUGCUGCGAGGGACCACGAGGCAGUGCCAGGAUAAAGGAGUUGGAGUAACCUGGAUGAUUCUGAGCUGAGGCCCCAGCUUGUGGCCACCACAACGUAUCAAGCUAUUUCCAGGGUUGGGCUCAGGACUUGGAGCUGACGCAGCUGGGGUCCCUCUUGGUUCUGGAGGAUGAGGCUCCUCCGCAGACACCACACGCCCCUGCGCCUGGCCAUAGUGGGCUGCACCUUUGUGUUCUUCCUCUUCCUCCUGCAUAGGGACGUGAGCAACAGGGAGGAGGCCACAGAGAAGCCGUGGCUGAAGUCCCUGGUGAGCCGGAAGGAUCACGUCCUGGACAUCAUGCUGGAGGCCAUGAACAACCUUAGAGAUUCAAUGCCCAAGCUCCAAAUCAGGGCUCCAGAAGCCCAGCCGACUCUGUUCUCCAUAAACCAGUCCUGCCUCCCUGGGUUCUAUACCCCAGCUGAACUAAAGCCCUUCUGGGAACGGCCACCACAGGAUCCCAAUGCCCCUGGGGCAAAUGGAAAAGCAUUUCAGAAGAGCAAGUGGACCCCCCUAGAGACCCAGGAAAAGGAAGAAGGCUAUAAGAAGCACUGCUUCAAUGCCUUUGCCAGCGACCGGAUCUCCCUGCAGAGGUCCCUAGGGCCAGACACCCGACCACCUGAGUGUGUGGACCAGAAGUUCCGGCGCUGCCCCCCACUGGCCACCACCAGCGUCAUCAUUGUGUUCCACAAUGAGGCCUGGUCCACGCUGCUGCGAACAGUGUACAGCGUCCUACACACCACCCCUGCCAUCUUGCUCAAAGAGAUCAUAUUGGUGGAUGAUGCCAGCACUGAGGAACACCUAAAGGAGAAGCUGGAGCAGUACGUGAAGCAGCUGCAGGUGGUGAAGGUGGUGCGGCAGGAGGAGCGGAAGGGGCUGAUCACUGCCCGGCUGCUGGGGGCCAGCGUGGCACAAGCGGAGGUGCUCACGUUCCUGGAUGCCCACUGUGAGUGCUUCCACGGCUGGCUGGAGCCCCUCCUGGCUCGAAUCGCUGAGGACAAGACAGUGGUGGUGAGCCCAGACAUCGUCACCAUCGACCUUAAUACUUUUGAGUUCGCCAAGCCCGUCCAGAGGGGCAGAGUCCACAGCCGAGGCAACUUUGACUGGAGCCUGACCUUCGGCUGGGAAACACUUCCUCCACAUGAGAAGCAGAGGCGCAAGGAUGAGACCUACCCCAUCAAAUCCCCGACGUUUGCUGGUGGCCUCUUCUCCAUCUCCAAGUCCUACUUUGAGCACAUCGGUACCUAUGAUAAUCAGAUGGAGAUCUGGGGAGGGGAGAACGUGGAAAUGUCCUUCCGGGUAUGGCAGUGUGGGGGCCAGCUGGAGAUCAUCCCCUGCUCUGUCGUAGGCCAUGUGUUCCGGACCAAGAGCCCCCACACCUUCCCCAAGGGUACUAGUGUCAUUGCUCGCAAUCAAGUGCGCCUGGCGGAGGUCUGGAUGGACAGCUACAAGAAGAUUUUCUAUAGGAGAAAUCUGCAGGCAGCAAAGAUGGCCCAAGAGAAAUCCUUCGGUGACAUUUCGGAACGACUGCAGCUGAGGGAACAACUGCACUGUCACAGCUUUUCCUGGUACCUGCACAACGUCUACCCAGAGAUGUUUGUUCCUGACCUGACGCCCACCUUCUAUGGUGCCAUCAAGAACCUCGGCACCAACCAAUGCCUGGAUGUGGGUGAGAACAACCGUGGGGGGAAGCCCCUCAUCAUGUACUCUUGCCACGGCCUUGGCGGCAACCAGUACUUUGAAUACACAACUCAGAGGGACCUUCGCCACAACAUCGCAAAACAGCUGUGUCUACAUGUCAGCAAGGGUGCCCUGGGCCUUGGGAGCUGCCACUUCACUGGCAAGAAUAGCCAGGUCCCCAAGGACGAGGAAUGGGAAUUGACCCAGGAUCAGCUCAUCAGGAACUCAGGAUCUGGUACCUGCCUGACAUCCCAGGACAAAAAGCCAGCCAUGGCCCCCUGUAAUCCCAGUGACCCCCAUCAGUUGUGGCUCUUUGUCUAGGACCCAGAUUAUCCCCGGAGAGAGCCCCCACAAGCUCCUCAGGAAACAGGAUUGCUGAUGUCUGGGAACCUGAUCACCAGCUUCUUGGGAGGCCGUAAAGAUGGAUUUCUAAACCCACUGGGUGGCAAGGCAGGACCCUCCUACUCCUUGCAACAACAUUGGGCCCAUUUUCUUUCCUUCACGCCAACGGAAGAAACCAUUAGGACAUAUAUUUGGCCUAGGGUUUUCCUGUUCUAGAAACAGAGGCUUCCAAAGUAGGGAAGGUAGCUGGGGAAGGGUUCAGGGCAGCAAUGCUGAGCUCAAGAAAAGUACUUCAGGCUGGGCACGGUAGCUCAUGCCUGAAAUCCUAGCACUUUGGGAAGACAAGGUAGGAAAAUGGCUUGAGCCCAAGAGUUCAAGACCGGCCUGAGCAACAUAGUGAGGAUCCCAUCUCUAUGCCCGCCCCUGCCCCCUCACCAAAAAAGAAAAAUAGCUGGGCAUGGUGGCUUACGCCUGUAGUUGCAGCUACUCAGAAGGCUGGGGUGGGAGGAUUGUUUGCGCCCCGGAGGUUGAAGCUAUAGUGAGCCUUGAUUGUGUCACUGCACUCCAGCCUGGGCAACAGGUAAGACUCUAUCUCAAAAAAAAAAAAAAAAAAAGAAGAAGAAGAAGAAAAAGAAGAAGAAAAGAAAAGUACUUCUACAGCCAUGUCCUGAUUCCUUGAUCAUCCAAAGUACCUGCAGAGUCCAGUGAAAUGGUAUUUUUUGGCUGGGCACAGUGGCUCACACCUGUAAUCCUAGCACUUCGGGAGGCCAAGGCAGGUGGAUCACCUGAGGUCAGAAGUUUGAGACCAGCCUGGACUACAUGAUGAAACUCCAUCUCUACUAAAAGUACAAAAAUUAGCUGGGCAUGAUGGCACACACCUGCAGUCCCAGCUACUUGGGAGGCUGAGGCAGGAGAAUCGCUUGAACCCAGGAGGCAGAGGUUGCUGUGAGCCAAGACCACACCAUUUCACCCCAGCCUGGGCAACAAGAGCAAAACUCCAUCUCA